AUGGCGCAUUGUCUCAGUUUUGGGAAGCGAUUGGUCUUCCGCAGAACAAGCCCGCGGGGAAAGACGGAAGCUUCUGGGUCGAAUGCGAAGCAUUGUGCGCCGCAGUCAAGAGCUACGUGCAAAAGGUGGCGAUUUGCCCCCCUGCCAGUGACGUUUCCUGCUACAAUGUCGAAGGCUUUUCUGCAUGAGUUCGACGACGCACCGCAGCGCAGGGGUCGAGCAAGGGAGCAGCAGGUGCACGAGAAGGUGGACUAUCACCUUUGGGAGAUGGUGGAGCGGGUUGCCAACCUCUUCCGCAUCUACCCUACGGAGAGGCCGGGAUCUUCGUCAUCCGAGGACGAGGAUGAGGACGAAGACGAAGACGAUGACCAAGAGAGUGUGGCUGGCUUCCUGCAGACAGCAUCUGGCAUGACUCCCUCGGAGGCCAGGCUCAACAAGCAGAAGGAGGAACUUGCCAAGGCAUACAUGGGCAUCGUGAUUCGAGCCUUCAGCGGCCGGCAAACCCAGAUCGAUAUGCGGCGACUAACUACUGUAGCGUUUGCAUGCGGUUCUGGUGAUUGCAGUUUGGAUCCGAGAAAUGGCUUCGGAAUGCGGUGCUGGUACAAUGCCACGGCCUUCACAGAUGACGUGGAUUUCGAGGGGGGCACUGCCUAUGGCCGAUCUACAUGCCAGAAGCUUGCUCGGGCCGAUCCUGCACUGGCACUGAAAAACGCUGACAACUUCUGCUACUACAUCCAGGACACAGCCACACAGACGUCAGACAGCCGCCCGGAAGCCGGACCCGACGGCUCCAGCUGCCCAAGCUUUGCCAGCGUUUCCCAUCCUGACAGGGAUGGCGACUGCAAAUGCCCCCACUCAAAGCAGUGCUUCUACGAGGGGAGCCUGGGAUGCCCCUUUUCAUACACAGCCACAAAGAACACCUACAGCCCUGCAUACUUCACUGUGCAGUGCAAAACCUGCACCUGUGAAACAAAGAUCGAAACAACAACCACGACCACAACCACAGAACUCGCGAUUGGAGCGGCGAAAUCGAGAUGUCCUGCUUUUGCCGCCCUCCGCACACCGGACAGGGAGGGCGACUGCUCCUGCUAUGGUCAGAUGGUUUGCACAUUUCGCGGCGAUGUCGGCUGCCCAUAUGCUCGGACACGCCAGACUGGAAGGUAUAGCGACUUAUAUUUCCAUUCCUCUUGCUCGGAGUGCCUUUGCGCACGGAGACCUACAAAACCGAGCUGGAAGGAGGCAGCUAUCCGGUGCCCUUCAUCAGCACUGACGAGGGCCCCAGACAGUGAGGGAGACUGCCACUGUCCAAGAUAUCACCUUUGUAGCUACGAGAACGAGACGGGCUGUCCGGUAGCGGCUGGGCCAGCGCUUCACAGCCACCGCCGCCUGCCUGCAACAAGGGGUGAGACAUGCAUUUCCAGCCCACCACCCUCAGCCUCAACCCACAAGUUCGGUUGGGAAACAGGACUGUGGGAUUUGCUUACCAGUAUGUGUGCUUAG